AUGGCUGCUCCCAGGACCUGGAGGGAUGCUAAAGUAGACUCUGGUGAUUGCAGCCGUCUGGGAGCUGGGGGUGCCAGUUAUGAAGACAGUAAGGAUUGUAUCCUGGAACCACUUUCCCUGCCAGAAAGUCCAGGUGGCACCACCACUUUAAAAGGUUUUCCAUCUGUGCCUUGUAUUUUCUGUGAAGAACAUUUUCCUCUGUCUGAACAGGACAAACUUCUCAAGCACAUGAUCAUUGAGCAUAAGAUUGUCAUAGCCGAUGUCAAGUUGGUUGCUGAUUUCCAAAGGUACAUUUUUUAUUGGAGGAAACGGUUCUCUGAACAGCCCAUUACAGAUUUCUGUAGUGUAAUAAGAAUCAAUUCCACAGCUCCAUUUGCUGACUGGCACAUGCUAGGCUUCAGCAGUCAGGGAAAAAUGCCCUCAGCUAAAUUGACUUGA